AUGAAUUGCCCUGAUCAUCAUCUAAAUCUAAUACCUUUGAUUUGUGAAUCUAAUCACAAAUGUUAAAGAAAACUUCGUGUUAAAUGUUAAUAUGAUCAGGGAGUGGAUAUCAAGUUUACAGUUCCCCUUAAUAAAUUUCGAGAAAAAAUGGAUAGGAAAUUAUUAACUUAUAAGCUGAUUGAUGGUUCAUCAGAAAUAAUUGAGUUGAGAAUAGAAUUUAAAUAAUUGUUAUCUCAAAUUGAAAUAACAAUAAAACAAUUGUGGGAAGAUCUAUCAGAAUCAAUUAAAUAAAUAUAUGAUAUUAUUGAAUAGGAGAAUUAAUCAUACAUUGAUCUCAUAAAAAAAAUGAAAAUCUUGCAUAAUCUAGUUAUCAGAAAUUAAAAAGGAUAGUUGAUAUUUUGGAAGGCAAAACCUUAGAUGAUUGGGAUUCUUAAAAGAAUACUUAUUUGUAGAAAUUGCAAAAAGUUCAGUUAUGGUUAGAUAGUGAAGUGAAAGGUUUUACUACAAUACUUACAGAUUUAAUAACUUAAAUCAAUUCAAUAAUUAAGUAAUUCUAUUAAUUAUAAAUUAUUCAAAUAGAAAUUAAAAUUAAGAACAAUAUAUUUGGAAAGAAGGUACUGAAGAAUAUAUAGGGAUUAUAUGGGAUUAUGAAUACGAUCCGCCAAGGCCAACAAAAACAAAAUUCCAAAUAACUUUUACUAAAGACAAACAAAUAUUAUAUUUGAGGGAUGAAUAAAUAAUAAGAACGUAUUUGUUCUAUUCAUAUAUAAAAUUUAUAGAGAGCAAUUUAAAGACUAUUCAAGGAAACCAGAAGUAUUGAUUAAUCUAGAAUAAAUAUAUAAUCUGUAAUGGGUUGGUGAAUAUUGAAAGAAUAAAUUCAAGUUAGGAAAUUGGAAAGCAAUUGGAAUGGAUAGAUCCAAAAAGAUGUUGGUGGAUUGUACUUGAUUGAUGGGAAGAAAUCAGGUUUAUGGAGGGAUUUAAUAAAAAAUUUUUGGACUAAAGGUAAAAUUCAAAAUCAAUUUCAAAGCUUAAGCAUAUGAGGUUGGAGAAUAUACAAAUGACAAAAGAUAAGGGAUUUGGAAAUAUAUCUACAUGGAUAAAGAAAUGUAUUAAUAAUAAUAUUUUUAAAAGAGGUGGUGGAGAAUAUAAUAAUUAAGGAGAAAAAAAUGGAAAAUGGAUAGAAUUAAGUGAAGAAUUUUAUUAACAUUCAUAAGUUACUUAUAAAGGUGAAUAUUUAAAUGUAAAAAAGUUGGUAAUGGGAUAUUUUUUAUAAGGGGAAAUAUAAGAGUAAAUUUACAAAAAUAUAAAUAUUAGGUAUUAAUAAUUUAGCGGGAGGUGGAUCAUAUGAUGAAGGAGGCUAAAAUAAGAUAGGCUUUUGAGUAAAAAAAUUAUUUAGUGGUGGUGGAUCGUAUGAUGAAGGAUCAAUUAAGAUUGGAAGAUGGGUUGAAUUGAGUGAAGAUUAAUGAUGAUUCAUAAGUCACAUAUAUUGGUGAGUAUAAAAUUGGUAAAAAAAUUGAUAGGUGGGAUAUUGUAGCUUGGGCAAGAAAAAUGUAAAUGUUUUAUUUAAAAUUAAUUCUUAGUGGUGGAGGAUCAUACACUGAAAGAGAUUCAAUUAAGAUUGGAAAUUGGAUUGAAUUGAAUUGAG